AUGAACGCGCAGCUGGACGGCCUGUCGGUGAGCUCGUCCUCCACCGGCUCGCUGGGCUCGGCGGCCGGGGCGGGCGGCGGCGGGGGCACGGGGCUGCGGCUGCUGUCGGCCAAUGUGCGCCAGCUGCACCAGGCGCUGACGGCGCUGCUGAGCGAGGCGGAGCGGGAGCAGUUCACGCACUGCCUGAACGCCUACCACGCGCGCCGCAACGUCUUCGACCUGGUGCGCACCCUGCGCGUGCUGCUGGACAGCCCGGUCAAGCGGCGCCUUCUGCCCAUGCUGCGCCUGGUCAUCCCGCGCUCCGACCAGCUGCUCUUCGACCAGUACACGGCCGAGGGCCUCUACCUGCCCGCCACCACCCCCUACCGGCAGCCCGCCUGGGGCGGCCCCGACGGCGCGGGGCCCGGGGAGGUGCGCCUGGUGAGCCUGCGGCGCGCCAAGGCCCACGAGGGCUUGGGCUUCAGCAUCCGCGGGGGCUCGGAGCAUGGCGUGGGCAUCUAUGUGUCGCUGGUGGAGCCAGGCUCUCUGGCCGAGAAGGAAGGGCUGCGAGUCGGGGACCAGAUUCUGCGUGUCAACGACAAAUCCCUGGCCCGGGUGACCCACGCUGAGGCUGUCAAGGCUCUGAAGGGCUCGAAGAAGCUGGUGCUGUCUGUGUGCUCAGCAGGGCGCAUCCCUGGGGGCUACGUCACCAACCACAUCUACACCUGGGUGGACCCACAGGGCCGCAGCAUCUCCCCGCCCUCAGGCCUGCCCCAGACCCACAGCAACACCCUGAGGCAGCGCGAGGGGGACCCGAGGAGCACCCUGCAUCUCCUGCAAGGCGGGGAUGAGAAAAAGGUGAACCUGGUGCUGGGGGACGGCCGGUCCCUGGGUCUCACAAUCCGCGGGGGAGCCGAGUACGGCCUGGGCAUUUACGUCACCGGCGUGGACCCGGGCUCAGAAGCAGAAAGCAGUGGACUCAAGGUUGGGGACCAGAUUCUGGAGGUGAAUGGGCGGAGCUUUCUCAACAUCCUGCACGACGAGGCGGUCAAGCUGCUCAAGUCUUCGCAGCACCUCAUCCUGACGGUGAAGGACGUCGGGAGGCUGCCCCACGCCCGCACCACUGUGGACGAGACCAAGUGGAUUGCCAGUUCCCGGAUUGGGGACACCAGCACGAACUCGGCAGGGUCUGAUUUUGUCUUUCUCCAUAGGUUUCCUGGGGAUCUUCCCACGGAAGGGACAAACAAGCUGGGGUUCUACAAGGGGCCCGCGGGCUCCCAGGUGACGCUGAGCAGCCUGGGGAACCAGACACGCCUGCUGCUGGAGGAGAAGGCGCGCCACCUGCUGACGGAGCAGGAGUGCGCCACCAUGGCCUACUACCUGGAGGAAUACCGCGGCGGCAGCAUCUCUGUGGAGGCCCUGGCCAUGGCCCUGUUUGAGCUGCUCAACACCCACGGCAAGUUCUCGCUCCUGUCUGAGGUGAGAGGCACCAUCUUCCCCCAAGACCUGGACCGCUUCGACCACCUGGUGCUGAGGCGGGAGAUCGAGUCCAUGAAGGCACGGCAGCCCCCGGGCCCCAGGGCUGGGGACACCUACUCCAUGCUCUCCUACAGCGACAUGGGCUCAUCGACAGGCAGCCAUGGCACCUCCACCACCGUAAGCUCGGCCAGGAACACUCUGGACCUGGAGGAAACUGGUGAGGUUGUCCAGGGCAAUAUGAACACCCUCCCAGAUGUUUCCCUGGACGAUGUGAAAGCCUCCGAGGCGCUGCCGAGCUCCAAGCCGCCGCCUCCCCCACCGCCUCUGGCCCAAGGCCACAACGGGCCGCCCGCGCAGCCGAGGAAGCCGGGGAAAGAGGACCUCCAGCCACCGUCCUCCGCGUCUUCCCACUCGGGCAUCGUCUUCUCGGCCCCCAGGAACCGCAGCCCACGGGCGGGCACCGUGCCUGCCCCGGGGGCCGCCUCAGCACAAGACUCGCCCUCCUCCCCCAUCUAUGCCUCUGUGCCCCCUGCCAAGCCCGGCUCCAAGAGACCGCUGGACGCCCACCUGGCCCUGGUCAGCCAGCACCGCAUCGGCCCCUUCCCGCGAGUCCAGUCGCCCCCGCACCUGAAGAGCCCCCCUGCAGAGGGUGGCUGCCUCCCGCCACCCUCCCCCUCCGGCCAGCCCGACGCGGCGGGCACAAACCAGCACUUCGUCAUGGUGGAGGUGCACCAGCCCGACAGCGAGCCGGACGUGAACGAAGUGAGGGCGCUGCCCCAGGCGCGCACAGGCUCCACACUCUCCCAGCUCUCGGACAGUGGGCAGACCCUGAGCGAGGACAGCGGUGUGGACGCCGGUGAGGCAGAAGCCAGCGCCCCGGGCCGAGGCAGACAGACGGCACCCACCAAGAGUAGGAGUAGCAAGGAGCCACCUCGGGACGAGAGGACCACGGAGGGGGCCGCCAAACCGCCUGGACUCCUGGAGCCCACGUCCACCCUGGUCCGCGUGAAGAAAAGCGCGGCCACCCUGGGCAUUGCCAUCGAGGGUGGUGCCAACACCCGCCAGCCCCUGCCUCGGAUCGUCACGAUUCAGCGAGGUGGUUCAGCCCACAACUGUGGGCAGCUCAAGGUGGGCCACGUGAUCCUGGAAGUGAACGGGCGGACACUUCGGGGCAAGGAGCAUCGGGAGGCGGCGCGCGUCAUCGCGGAGGCCUUCAAGACCAAGGAGCGAGACUACGUCGACUUUCUGGUCACCGAGUUCAAUGUGAUGCUCUAG